CGUCUCCAGAUCACGGUGAUCACGUGACCAUAACGAUACAGUCACUGCACAGCGAGAGAGAAGCGAGCAAGUCAGCUGACUGUCAUAAAUCCGUGAAUAAUACACCGUUUCUGCAAGAAGACGGGGAGAUGGUUACGAACGAAUAAAUUAUCCAGCCAAUGCAUCAUAUAUUGUAUUCCUCCUAAAGCAUCGUUUUCUGUCUAAAUGUCAAUGUCGUCUCUAGCUAGCCAAAUAGCUAGCUAAGGCCAGGGGGAGCUGGUGUCGACGUCCAAACAGUUGCCCACAGCAGUGGGAGGAGAGGUGUGUCACCCACACCAGGGCGCCAUGACUACACCAGGCUGCUGCCACCUGCCUGGAUCCCUGUGUGACUACUCAGGCAGCGCUGCCGACCUGCCCAAGGAGGUAGAGGAGCCAGAUGCCGGCCAGGCCCAGUACGUCGCUAAGGUUACGGCCAAAGAUGGCCGCCCACUCUCCACUGUUGUCAAGGCUAUGGGCUCACAGAGUAAUGAAGGCAUGUGUCGGAUCUGUCACGAGGGGGCCGGUGGUGAGAUGCUGCUCUCCCCUUGCAGUUGCACAGGGACCCUGGGUAAGGUGCACAAGAGCUGCCUGGAGAAGUGGCUGUCCUCCUCCAACACCAGCUACUGUGAGCUCUGCCACACCGAGUUCACCGUCGAACGGCGACCCCAGCCCCUCACACAGUGGUUGCGGGACCCAGGCCCUCGCAGUGAGAAGCGCACGCUUUUGUGCGACAUGGCCUGCUUCAUGCUCAUCACGCCACUAGCGGCCAUAUCUGGCUGGCUGUGUCUGAGGGGAGCCCAGGACCACCUGUUCCUCAACAGCCGGCUGGAGGCUGUGGGCCUCAUCGCCCUCACCAUUGCUCUCUUUACCAUCUACGUCCUCUGGACACUGGUAUCGUUCCGCUAUCACUGUCAGUUAUACUCGGAGUGGAGGAGGACCAAUCAGAAAGUGCGCCUGCUCAUGCCUGAAAUUAAAGGAGCGCACUCUACCCAACAUUCCGUCCCGACCAAGUCGACCAAGAAAAUGACUGACGAGACCAUCGUAUGAGCGCUGUGGUCUCUCUUAAAAAAAGUGUAAUAUAUCUUGAACUUCUGCACUUGUGGACCAUUCUGGGGAUUAUUUCUCCAUAAUCUCUAUUAUUUGAAACACUUGAGCCCAGAUAUGAACUAUAACCAGUGGUUUUGGGACGUGUUGGACUCGUGGAAUGAAGUGUCACUGAUGUCAUCGCUGGAUUAUGAACACUGGCCUGGAAAAUCAGGACACAAAUGGAAGGACACAGUUAAUGUAGCAGGAUGUAACUGAUGCAGCAUGUUAAUACAGUAUAUCUGAAACAUACUACCCCCCUUCACAAUGUAUUUAGCUGUUUUUGGAAAACUGGCAUCCAAUAGCCCUAUGAAUUUACUCUCUCAGAACAAUGACCACGUGAACAACCAAGUCUAAAUAUGAUGUUUUCUGUUGUUAACUCUUUGCCCUUUGGAAGUUGGUAGAAGUGGGAGAGAGAGAGAGAGAGAGAAGGGAACAAACUGCAAUGUUUUAGAGUGGGCUUUGGAGUGUCAGUCAAUGUAUGCUAAAUCAUUUUAUGUUGCACUCCCUUGAGUAAGCUGGGUCAUUGUGCAAUAAAACAUAAGGGACUCUUGGUCUUUGCAGUCGGCA